AUGAUGGGGCAUACCACCAUUUUUGCGAUGCAAUACAUCAUGAAUUUGCCCCAGAAACUGGGACUGAGAAGCCAAAGAACGAAACUCCUUAUCAUGAGAACCUUCUACAACCCAGGUCCUAUCCAACCCAAGGGGAAAGCUUCAGUAAAAACUGCCAUCAAAAUGUAUCACAGACUCAAUGAAAUGGGUCAAACCUUGGGGCAGAACUUCCAGCAGAGAAUAUCUUCUACAGCUAAAACUUGGUGGGACAGGUAUGAGGAAUUCGUUGGUAUAAAUGAAGUUCGAGAGGCCCAAGGGAAUGUGACUGAGGCAGAGAAAAUGUUUAUGGUGGCUCGAGGUAUUGUCCGAGAGGCUAGAGAGACCUUGGAGGCUCACCAGGUCAGACUCAAAGAUAUUCGGGAUCGUUUGGAUAGAGUUUCUCGGGAAGACACCCAGUACUUGGAACUUGCAACUUUGGAACACAAAUUGUUGCAGGAAGAGAAGAGGCUCCGAACAGUCUACAUUAACGCAGAAGAGUCAGAACGAGAGAAAUUUUCCCUCUUUUCUGCAGCGGUGAGAGAGAGUCACGAGAAAGAGCGAACAAGAACUGAAAAAACAAAGAACUGGUCAAUCAUUGGUUCUGUUCUAGGUGCUGUGAUUGGUGUUGCUGGCUCAACUUAUGUGAAUCGUGUCCGAUUGCAGGAACUGAAGUCAUUGCUCCUAGAAUCACAAAAGGGACCAAUGAGUCUGCAAGAGGCCAUCAGAGAGCAGGCUUCUAGCCACAGUGUGCAAAACAAGAAUCUCAGUGACCUUAUUGAAGAAUUUAGGAGCUUAAUACACACUGGAAUCAUGUUGUCCUCUAGAACUCAAGAAGAUGCUGCUUCUACUGAAGAAAGUCUCAUGUCUCAUAAAGAUACCUCCUUACUUUCAGCCUCUCUGAAAGAACAGCUCAGCCAAUCUAAGCAGGUCCGUUCAUGUCUAGAGAGUUUACAAGAGCAGCUUACUGACCUGGACAAAAAAUUCAGUCAAAUGGUUGCAGAGGUUCAGCUUGUCAAGGCUACAGCCCGUUCUCAGCUUAUAGAGCAAGCAAACCAAGCUUCUCUAGACUCCUCAGUGGACACUGGCCAGGCCCUGGUUGCCCAAGGCAUAAUUCUAGAACUCUCAGAUAUGGAGCAGAGGUUGGAGGCCCAAGUCAAUAGGAACUCUCUCUAUAGCACCAUGAUAACUUGUACCAUGUUUGCUGCUAUACUGCCAGUGCUAUACAUUCUCUUCAAAGCCAACUAA